UGAAAGGUCAAGUAGCAAUGGCGGCAAGUGUUCGAUCAAGAAGGAUUGAUGAUUAAUUUUUCCAGAUUAGGGCCAAGACAUGGAUCCAAAUGGCAACCUUUUUCAGAGGAUCCAACAAAAAAUCAAAGAUGGAAAAAAGGGGGAAGAUUAUGAUGGAGCAAAGAGAUUAACAUCCUCUGGUCUCUGUCAGAAAUCAAGUGAGGCAACUCAUACAUCGAAGUCUGCAGAGGAGAUGCAAGGAACAUCAAAUGGAAAUGAUAGUGUAAUAAUUAUACCAGAUACUCCAAGCCCAGUAUUUUCAAGGUUUGUUGGGAAAAGAGGAAAACCAACGCAAGGGAAACAAUUCACCACUGAUGGACAUAAAGAGACCAGUGAUGACAGACAGGAGCCUACUAACUCAAAAUUUAAAUGGUCAACCAAAUGUCAAAGGGCAGAGAGCAACUUACCUAGCAAGUCAAGACUGCCUAGGGCACCAGUGUUAACACCAGAGAAACAUUCAUCACCAUGGAAACAAAAUCAAUUUGAAGAGAACAGUAACAAUGCAAGUUCAGAAUCUACUAAAAUUGUGCCUAGUAUGCGAAGCAAAUUUUUGGAUGCUAAAACGAAGGUUGCAUUAAGUCCAGGAAAGGUAAAAAUCAGCCCAUAUGUUCCGUCCCAUGGCAUCCAUUUUAAAACAGCUUUACAAGAAAUGAUGGAAAAAAAACAAGAUAAAUUUAGAAAUGAAUCAAAACACCCUAAUCAGACUACAGAACAGAGUGCUAGAAAACCAUCCCAUACCUCAAGCUCUUCAGGACUUCAUAAGAAUCACCAUGACCUGUCCUCUCAUACUGAGUCAUGCCACCAUGUAGAUAGAAAUUGUGCAAGAGUAAAUCAUCGUCACUAUGUUAAACCCAGUCUCAAACUAUCUAUAGAUCAAAAGAAGGACCCAGAAACACACCAUAACAGAGAGGCUGCCUCUAAUGCUGGAAGAAGAAAGUGUGAGGCCUCGUCAUCCCCGGCCAGAAGUAAACGUGCUCGACUAGAUAGCAGAGUUCAUUCCAAAUCAUUGUACCCAGUGUAUGACACAUGGCCUUCAGAUUCCUCAGACAGUGAGGAUAGUGAAUUUGAUCCCAUUAGUUCACAGACACUGAAAGAAAUGAUUGAUUGUAGUUGUGAACCACAGACUGACGACACAUUGUCUGCAGUCCCACAUGUCUCGCCUACCAAAGGUCAGGGUCACUUUCACAGACACAGAGACGAGGCAAAGAGAUGUGCUAAUCACACAUUUACAACGCACACAAAACCUCACUUAACACACGUAUCAUCUUUACAUGACAUUACUUCUUCAAGGUCAAGCAAUCAUAAUCCUCAAGGUCAUCAAGUUGAAAGCCAAAGUUUGGGAGCACAUAGAAAACAGGAAAAAUUGGAUGGAAAUAAAACAAAACAUUUAAAUACAAAAUCAGUGAAAAGUGAUCAAAGUGAAAAAAUGUCGGACUGGUUUGAUGAUGGCUUUUCUAGAAUGGCAGAAUCAGAUUGGUCUCCAACUGUGAGAGAGGAGUCAAGGUCACAUUCAAGAAAAAUGGCCACAGAAAGGUCCAGAUCAAUUCAACAUACAACAGAGGGGAGGUCACAUAAAAACAAAAGAACUAAUCCAAGUCCAAGAAAGGACCAGGGAUGUACACCUGUCUUAAGGCAGCAGGAUGGAUGUCCUGGACAACCAAUUAUAUGUGAUAAUGUGGAAGAGAGUACACCUUGUCAAAGUCAAAUUGAUCAGGUAGAAGGCGAUGAAGAGUUAGCCAAAAAAUUACAGGAGCAGAUGGACAUGGAGUUUGCCCUGUCUCUUCAGAAUCUUGAGAACCAGCCCCCAGUGUUUGGAGCAGGGGUUUUCCCUCACCAUGACAUGGCAUCGCCAACCCCAGUUGCCUACAACAGGGGUCCUAUGGCUGUAGGGCAGGGACGUUGGGCCACUGCACAGAGGGGACGGGCCACAUCUCGUUAUCCUGAUCUAGAUGAGGUGGAGGCACUACUUCAUGACCUUGAUGAACCUGAGGAGCAUUUACUUCAGCAUUCCCCGCAAGGUCGACCAAUGACACGUAACGGUGUCCGAACACAAACAGGCCAGCAUUUUCUGGAUGACAUUGCUCAUCUCAACCACAGCCUGUUGUCUAUGUUAGAGGGAGGUAACUCUGUAAUGAGUCCUCCUGUGGCACGACAUUCACGGUCUAGACGGAGAGGACAGAGGCGGAAUGCUGCCCCACGUGGAUUUGAUGUAGGCAGUUCAGUAGAUGGAAAUGAUUAUGAGGAUCUAUUAAGUCUGGCUGAGAUGUUGGGUGAUGUAAAGAACAAAGGUUUGACUGAAGCACAGAGCUCCAGGCUUCCAAUACGUACAUAUCAGGCAAACAGUGAAAAGCAGGAGUCAGAAGACUGCCUCAUUUGUAUGUGCGAGUAUGACCAGAACGACCGACUUAAAAUGCUUCCAUGCUUCCACGAGUUUCAUGCUCAGUGCAUUGACAAGUGGAUCAAAGGAAAUGCAAGCUGUCCAGUGUGUCGUGUAGAGGUCAAAUUAACAUGAAACAUGUCAUUAUCAGUAUUACGCAAAUCUUGGAUGAUCUGUGUUAACAUACGAGGAAGAAUUUGAAAAAAUUGAAAGAUGGUGAUAAAGUGCUACCUGAAGAAUCUCUGUGCUUGAUUAAUUUGUUGCUGGAUGGACUAUGCCCCACACUAAUAUACUGUCCACUGUCACUUCCUGGAAUAUAACAAACAUAGUUCAUACCAUUGGUGAUUUGUUUGUAAUAAAGUACAAUGGACAUUUAUAUAGGGAUUAAAUAUAGCAUGAGAUAAAAAGUCAUUGUUGCUAUGAAAUCCUCCAGUAAUCUAGUUUAAACUUAAUUGAGAUAUAUUUCAAUCAUAAUGACAAAAAAUGUACUGUAAAAUAAUCCGUGUUUGUGAGGUAUUUAUUUUCAAUGACUUUGUGUAUACUCUCAGUCCUUGAACAUUAAUAUAAAUAUCUUCAUACAUCUAUGUUUAUCCAUGAACUCGAGUGUCAACAAUUAAGGUGGGUUUUUUUUAACCAUGAAAUUAACCUCAUAAGAAUAUAUGAUUCUACAUUUCAUAUUAAAAUUAUUGUACUUAGUUUUUAUGUACAGUAUUUUCUUACAUCACAACCAGUUCGCUAAAUCAACAUUCAAUGGAAAGUACUUUGUUACAACCAGAUGUAUGUCUGGAAGAUAACUAAUUUGAUGUGUUUUUACAUUUUGUUACAUGAAUUUCCAGCUUAGUGUACAUAGGGUUAUAAUAACAUAGAGAAUCCUGUUCAUUACCGACUUGUAUACUGCAUACCUCUGUGUAAAUACACACCACAUUGGUCAUUCGUCUGAUGAAGGUUGCAGUGUAAUCAUCAAAAUGAAUGAAAUUUGUAAUUAUCAUGAUAUGUGAUCAUCUUUUCAGUUGUUAAAAUAUUGGCAAUUUCUUCUUGUAAUAUUUGGUACUAAACUAUAUGUAGAUUAAAUGAUAGAAGAACCAUCAACUCCCAAACAUUAUCACCUGCAGUAUAGCUAGAAAUAGAUCUAAGUCAAAGUUCAAAUAAAAUGGCAGUACUUUGUAUUAUUAUGUAACUAUUUUUUCAUUCCGUCUCUGAGGUUAAGACAAACUAAAUUGCCUUUAUGCAAUAUCAUGAUUUGUAUGAGAUAUGAAAUCCUAAUGGAGGUUUAUUUAUAAUAAGUUUUUCUUCUCGAGUGGUAUUUUCAUACACAAAUCAUGCCUAUUUUCAUCACCAUGUUUAGUACAGUACUUCUGUUGAAUGAUGUAAAUUCUUCUAAUUAUGUAUGUAUAUGUUUGGCACUCAUUGUGUGAAGCAAAUUCGUACUGAUUUCAAAAGUGUAUUUCAUUGGAUGAAAAGUGACAGAUCAUCAAUUGAUAAUGUAUACACCUUGAUAUGAAUAAUAAUUUUAUUUUGAUCAGCACCACUGCAAAUUUACAUGUGGGUGAGGUGAAGAGGUUUGGUUAGUAUAACUAUGUCCAUCUGUCUUUUGACCGAAGUUUGUCAGGUGUUUUGAUGUGACAUAGUUCUUUGUGGUUUGUCCUGUACUUUCCAUAUUACUUCUAGACGUAGCUUGAGAGGGGGAACUAGGAGGAUACGAUAUGGUAUUGAUAGACAAUAAACACAGUAAUCACCUGUAGAACUGAUGUGACAUUAUUGUACAGCUGCUAUCAGCUGGUGUUAUGAUAGGCCAUAGGAGUUUUAUUCUUACAUGCGAGGUAUGUGGUCUGUGGAUAAAGUUUAUUCAAAUGAUCAUACUUAUAGUCUAAAUAUAGUCUCCAGUUUCUGUUUAACUUCAUUUUCUUCAAAGGGAGAUUAUUUGUUAUUAAAUUUUACAAAACCUGUCUAGUUUUUCAAUUACUGACCGUGUUAGUCCUAUGAAAGUAUUUCCUGUAGUUCGCAUGUGUUUAUACUAUUCUAGUUUUAUACUCAACCAUUUAAAUUAUCCUCUAAACUGGUCCCUAUCUUAUAAAAUCAUUUGAUUAACCCUAAUCUCCUACCCCUCUAUCCCAGUCCUCCUCCUUCUCCUCAACCACAACCGAACCCCCCAUCUUGAUCUCUAAUUUAGAUUCUAGAUGCAUGUCUAAUUCUACUUGUAUGUGAUGUAUUUGGCUGGUUUUAUGUUGUAACCUAAGGGAGAUAAUUCUUAAAAGAAACUGUAGGACUGCGAUAGUGAUUUAUUAUGGUAGUACUGCAUGUAGUUAGAUAUAUAGUUCUAGUUUUAAUUUUAUUCUUGAAUAGACAACCAUUUUGAUAGUAUUACAUAGGUAGUGUGCUGUAUAAUUGAUAGUAUUGGAAGGGGGAGUCAAUUUCGCUGUAUUUUUUGGUUAUUGUAAUUGACACAAAAUUAGAGACCCAGCAAAAUGUUAAUGGAAAUAGAGAUCUCAGGCAAUGUAUGUCAUAUGGGUACAUACAUGGAUACCAAUGUUUAAAUGUGCAAAAUUUAGUGCCUGUGAUUUGUUAUAGAACUAUACAGUAUACUGACAUAUUUUAAAAUUCGAAAGUAUUCUGACCACCAAACAACAAAUAUUUCAAAAUCUAUUAUUGUGAAAAACUGUAAACAGAUGUCAAUAACUAGUGUGUGUGGGUUUUGAUAAACAUCAAACUUUAUUUUUAAUAUCAGGUUUGAUAAGAACAAUACACUGUUGGUUUAGGAUGUAGAUUGUCAAGCAUGAUUUUACAGCUAGAAGAAUGAAAUAUGUAAAUGUUGAAAUUAAUUUACACUGAAAAUUUAAUAUAGUAUACAUAAAGUUUCAACUUCUGAUUUAAAUGUCAGGCCCCAGUUCCUGAAAACUUUAUGAGGUAUUAUUUUCAAACCCAUCUGUUAACUCUAACCAGGUUUUAACCACUGGGGCCAGACAUUUAUCUAUGUUUUUGUUGGAGUGUUAAUUGGAUAAAGCGCACAAGUUUGUUGCUAUUUUAUUCUGUUACAUGAUGCAUAGCAGGAAACCUGAAAAAAUUAUACUCUAAAAUGUUUCAAUGUUAAGAUGUGCAGUAGUAUGAUAAAACUGUAAAGUUUUGUAUUUUGGUAUACCAAGAUAAACGUUUUGUGGCAUGUAUUUAUUUCGAUACGGAAUUAGUCAUACAACUCAUAUGUGCAUGUAGAUUGAUUGAUAGUAAAACCAACAUUUGUCCAGAUGUGUAUGUAGUGUGUUGUUUUACCAUGUACCUAAUUGUUGACUGACUGGUGAAAAUCCUGUUUUUAUAUCAUUUGUAUAAUAUAAUAAAAAUUACACCUUGUCAUA